UGAAGUUGGGACCACGCGCAGCCAGCUCCUGCCGCCCAGCCAGACAUGCUGCCGCCGGGACGCAACCGCAGCGCGGGGCCGGCACGAUUAGGCCGGCAGCCUCGGCUAGCGCAGGGGGGCGCAGUAGGGGGCUCGGCGGGGGUGGCGCGGUUGGGGCCAGCGCAGGUGGUCACCGGCGGCCUCCUGACCCUGCUCAUCCUCUGGACUCUUCUGGGCAACCUGCUGGUGUGUGCAGCCAUCGUGCGCAGCCGCCACCUACGUGCCAAGAUGACCAACGUCUUCAUUGUGUCCCUGGCUGUGUCUGACCUCUGCGUGGCGCUACUGGUCAUGCCCUGGAAGGCGGUGGCCGAGGUGGCCGGAUACUGGCCCUUUGGUGCAUUUUGCAACGUCUGGGUGGCUUUUGACAUCACGUGUUCCACCGCCUCCAUCCUGAACCUGUGCGUCAUCAGCGUGGACCGCUACUGGGCCAUCUCCAGGCCCUUCCGCUACGAGCGCAAGAUGACCCAGCGUGUAGCCUUGGUCAUGGUCGGCCUGGCCUGGACCUUGUCCAUCCUCAUAUCCUUCAUCCCGGUCCAGCUCAACUGGCACAAGGACAGGGUGGGCUCCUGGGGCGAGGUGGGCACCCCAUCCAACCUGGGCAACUGGUCACCCUCGGAGGAGGUGGGGGAGUCAGAGGCAAGGACUGAGAACUGUGACUCCAGCCUGAACCGAACAUACGCCAUCUCCUCCUCCCUGGUCAGCUUCUACAUCCCGGUGGUCAUCAUGAUCUUGACGUACACGCGCAUCUACCGCAUCGCCCAGGUGCAGAUCCGCCGCAUUUCCUCCCUGGAGAGGGCCGCGGAGCGCGCGCAGAGCUGCCGGAGCCGCGCGGCCUGCACUUCCGACGCCAGGCUGCGGGCGUCGAUCAAGAAGGAGACCAAGGUCCUCAAGACGCUGUCGGUGAUCAUGGGGGUCUUUGUGUGCUGCUGGCUCCCCUUCUUCCUCCUUAACUGCAUGGUCCCUUUCUGCAACGCCCACCCCGAGGGCCCCCAGGCGGGCUUCCCCUGCGUCAGCGAGACCACCUUUGAUGUCUUCGUCUGGUUCGGCUGGGCCAACUCGUCGCUCAACCCCAUCAUCUAUGCCUUCAACGCCGACUUCCGGAAGGUGUUUGCUCAACUGCUGGGAUGCAGACACCUUUGCUUGCGUACCCGGGUGGAGACGGUGAACAUCAGCAACGAGGUCAUCUCCUACCACCAGGACACCGUCUUCCACAGGGAGCUCGCUGCCGCCUACAUCCACAUGAUCCCCAACGCGGUGACCCCAGGGACGCAGGAGCGGGACAAAGAGAAGGAGGAGGAAGGGGACAAAGAGAAGGAGGAGGAAGGCCCUUUCAAUGGCAUGUGCCAGAUCUCUCAGACAUCCCCAGACAGGGACCAUGCCGCCGAAUCGGUCUGGGAGCUGGACUGUGAGGGGGAGAUUUCAUUAGGCAAAAUCACACCCUUCACCCCAAAUGGAUUCCAUUAA